AUGCGGAGGAAUCUCGGCUUCUGUUACGCGAAGUCCGCGGGGAGGAAGGCUUCCGCCAGGGCGGCCCCACGCGCCAGCGAGAGCUCGACCCAUGUCGCUGUUCCGUGGAGCGCUGACCGCAUGGCCCCUCCUGUCAGCGAUCCUGUGAGUUUGCGGUGUUCAACCUGCUUUCUGAAACCCAGGUACAAUGCCUACGGAACGAGGUCGUUCGCGGACCAGCUGGUUCUAGAAGCCAUGGACCCAUCAUCAUCCAUGGAGAACCCGUGCCAUCAUCGCCUCCCGCCGUCUCAAAGCUCGUCGUUCGCUCUCUCGAGCUACCCGCAGCUCGGGGCGCGGCUGAGCGACCUGGGCCAGCAGCAGCAGGGCACGGUGAGCUCGCUGCCGAAGACGGAGAGGCAGCCGCAGCCGCAGCAGCAGCCGCUCUCCUUCCUAGGGAGGAGCGACUUGGCGGCCAUGGACUCCGCCGCGUCCGCGAAGCAGGAGGAGGAGGAGUGCCAGACGCUGCGGCCCUUCUUCGACGACGAGUGGCCCAGGGCGAGGGCCUCCUCCUGGCCGGGCAUCCCUGGCGAGAACGCCUCGUUCCCGUCGGCAACGGCCCAGUUGUCCAUGUCCAUGUCCACACCCAUCGCGUGCUCGGAGUUCCCCGUGGCGUGGUCAGCUCCCAGGCGCCGGUCGAAUGGUUAAGACCCGUUUCAAUCACGAUAAACUUUAGCUUCCUGCUAAACUUUAGCUAUAUGAAUUGAAGCGCUAAAGUUUAACUUUAA